AUGGUGGGGCACCUACAUUUACAAGCUAUGGAUGAUAGUCUGAAAGGAAAGAAUCGGGAGGGACUGCUUGACAGUCCGGAUUCGGGACUCCCUCCGAGUCCAAGUCCGCCCUUCUAUUCGCUGUCCCCGGGUCUGCUCGAGUCGCGCUCCGGGAGUUGUACGACGCCAGUCGAGAACCAUGGAUACUAUAAAAACGAGAGCAAAGAAGGCAAACUGGUAAGCAACAGUUGAUAAAGUGUUUGAUAGCUUACAAGUGCCGCUGGCUCUGCGCAUUGUGCGCAACCAGUGCGCUAUUCAGAUAAAAAAAAAAAAAAACUGAAAUUGUAUGAGCAAGACAAGAAGGAAUUGCAUCUAUCUACCCUCCGAUUGACUUUAUUGUUAAACCAUGUGUCCGUCAUGGUAGUAUGUAAACUGUUUUGUUGUGGACAGAUACUUGAACUUGCAUAUUGCUUACUCCUUAACAUCUGGUAUUCCUCUUACUGUUGGAAUUUCACUGGUGCAGCGCAUAGGCCUAGACAUUUUCUGAUUCAGUAUUAUCUUUAGAAAUCAAAUAGUUCAAUGGAUUCUGACAUGUCUUGAUGAUUGUUUGAUUCAGGAUCAUGAAUCUCAAACAAUAAUAAACAAGUUGUUCAUGUUCAUGGAUAAAUUAUUGAUAGGCCUUCCCUCAGAUCAGACAUCUAGGACAUGUGUUAUAACCCUUGUAGCCUAUAGGACUGGAUGAAAUAGAACCAAUGAUCUAGCUUUGUCUCAUUUCUGUGUUAAAAUGGAUUCAAUUGUUUGUGGUGAUUUUGUAAUUUGUAAUAAUUAACUUUUCACUGCAGAAACCCCAAGAGAAGCAGUGUCCAUUAACACCCUUUCUGUUAAUGUUCCAUGAAAGGGAUGUGCAUCAACCUGUGUUAUUUCCAAUUGUUUUGAUAUUUUCUUGCCUCUUGAGUGAAUAUUUAACAAUACUUAAGAGUCAAUGAGGAAUGUUACAAGAGAGUCACAGCGGAUGUCAAACAUUUCUCUAUGUCUGUCCCAUUCAUGAUGGAAUAGUUUGAAAGUUCAAUGGCAGCCCAGGGUUGAAGUGACCCAUAGAAACAAACAGAACUCUAGGUCAAUGUGUAAACACUUUAACCUUGUGGUGGUAGCAAUGGAAAUGGGUGAGGGGACAAAACAGAGUGUGAUUGUGAUUAUAUCUGAUUAGUUCCUUGUGUCUGUUGUGGUCUCCAUUACUGACAACUCUCAGGUUAAUGCCCUCUAGUCGACCACACUGCUGCUGCUCAUACAGAAUAUUGCACUAUAACCUGGCUUUACCCUCUCACUGCAGCCAAUGCCAGCUUGGAAACCAGACAGCCCAUAUAGGCACAUGCUUCGGCUUGAAAUCCCCAAUAAAUAGAUACAGUGUGAAUAGUGCCUCACACUUGGGAGAGGACACACAAUUGAUUUAUUAAUAUUUGAUCAAGAAAUGCAAUUUAUGUAAUGUUAGUUAUAAAUAAUAACAGUUGUAUCAAUCGUUUGCUAUGAUUUGAGCGAAGUGUAGUAAUCCCACUGAGGAACAAAGGUCAUUUAAAUUAGAAAUAAUUACCAAGGCACUCCUUAUUUAACAAUCUAAGGAACAUGUUCCUACAGGUCUAGAUGGCAUUUUUAUGUGCUUUUAGAGGGAAGCCAGCAGCCAACUCCACAGACAGUACAAUACAGUAGAUGGGAGUUGCGUGACAGUGGUUUGUUGAGGCCUGAAAGGGAGAGAUAUGGUACUAAUCCCCUGGAUGUGGGGACUGGUGGAGCUCCCCUGCUUUGUGGUUUCCCUUCAAAACAGCAGCUUUGAUAGGGGCUGAUUCUGCUUGUGGUUCCAAUACCUUUAAUGGGAUUGUGCAUGUAUGUAAAAAAUAUAUCUCUUCCAUUAGAAAAGGCUUGCAAAGCUUUUUUUGUGGGAGUUUGGGCUAUUUUCUUUUAUAUACAGUAUGUGCAUGCUUGGCACUGGCAGUAGGCAGACAUGCAUGCACUUGCAUAAACACAUGCAUGCACUUGCAGAAAACUUGACAAGCAGCAUAUCAGAUGAAAGGAGGUUGUCAAUGGAGGGGGUGAGCAGGUUCAACUGUAUCCCCUUGGAUAUACAUUUAUUUGUAUCACAGUAAAACUCCUGCUUUAUAUUCUGGUUAUUAGACUGUUCAUUACACUGUUAUAGGGGGGGGGGGGGGGGGGGGCUGAGAGUCCCUCUCAUGUGUCAGUGUUCUGGCCCAGUCAAGGAGCUCAGUCAGCACUAUAACUAUCCCUGGAUUAGUGUAUAGGACAGAAAGGAGACUCGUGUUGUGUCAUUAGGUGCUUAUUCCAACUGUAGUGUUGAUAUUGAUAGUGAUGCUGGAGUUUGAGGACAUCUACUAUACUCAGUCAGCAGUUUACUGUGUGAUGAUGAUGACUUUUUCCUUACUCCAGUUCCUCGUGAUCUACCUCGAGUGUGUGAGAGAGUUGCUCUUUGUUUGAGUGUGUAUUGUACUGUAUGUAGCUUUAUGCUUAGCUUCACACCACGUCGACUAGGUGGGUAGAGAUGUGCUUCCGGGAGAAUGAGUUCCGUAUGUGUGCUGCUGCUUGGGUACUGUAGAUUAGGGAUGAACAUUUUCCCGAAAAUCUACCAAAUUUCAAUACCGGGAAUAAUUCAUAUUUAUCCCGAGAGUCCCGGGAAAUACCACAAAAAUCGUAAGUGCCCAUUUAAAGCGUUUAAAACCAAAUAUGGUUACUAUCCCAGGCUUCUCCCAAAAUAAGAUUGUCACUGCGCCACAUUGCCGGCUUGGCUGCGCCACUAUGUAAAGAUUUCACAGCAAGUGAAACUGAUAGUAAUGAUAGAGUAAGUUUGAUCGCCAAUGACAUUGUUGUGAAUUGCGAAACAGGCCGUUCAUAAAUUCCGAGCGUUAUCAUUUUCCUAAAUUAAUUCAGCGCAUUUCAGCAGUAGGCCUAGUCUAUAUGGACAAAGAGCGCGCUCAGGACGCAUAGAGCGCACCUCUAGUAGGCUAUAGCAUUGUCGAAUCAUACAAACUUUGUAACGGCAGUCAAACAAAAGUCAAAUGACCAAGCUUGCUAGAUAACCUCUAACGAAUGACAGAAUAUCUCCUAUUUUGCUAAAUCGAGUCGAUAAUUAUACAGAUAGCAUAUCAGCUCACGAAUAACGGGGAUAUGAAGAGAGGACAUUGUUUAAAUAUCAAGGUAUCUUAACGGGGACCAACUAAAAACAAAUAUCCAUAUCUACUCUCAUACCGUUUGGUAAAUGACUAAAAUUUAAAUGUCUCAAAGCAGCGCGAUGGCGCUGUCCCAAUCAAAACGGUGCUGAAGUUAUCAUCUAGGUGACCACACACGACUAUUGCCUUAAAUUAAUAUAACGGUUGGAUAUGACUUUCGGAGUUUUUGUAUAAGAAAGCAUUUGAUACAUGGCUUCAAUUGCAUUAGCCUACUUUAUUCCAAUAUUUGUAACAUUAGUUGAUCAUAACUAAGGUGAAUUUUCCUCUGCGCUUUUUCUAGGCCCAAUGGCUGUUUCCUUGUCUCCUUACUCGACUGCCGCCCACCUCUGCUGCGUUGUUCACAGCACCAGUUUAAAUCAAUAUAGCCUACUGUUUUCUAGAAAUCGGACCAGGCCUGGGCUUCAGUUCACCGGGCUUGGGUAGGACCGGGAUCACAUUUUCAGUUCUAAUGAGAACUCUAAACUGCAGUCGGGUCUUGUGUGCAGUCCGGCAGUGUCAAUUAUGCGCGUACUUUCAAUGUAUGGCGACUUUGUGUGAAGUAAAUAUGCUAGGCUACCUGUUCGGAUAAUGUGCUAUUUGUGGGAAUGCUUUAGUGCAACCCAUUGGGUGAAAAUGUAAUUUCCCUUGUCAUUUAAUUUGUGAAGAGUGGUCCUGGGCCCCUAGCCUGGAGCCCACCUACCAUUCAAAAGUGUUUACACUUUCAAAGGCUGCCAACACAUUAAUUCCUCUGGAUAAACAGCCAGGAUGCUGCUUCUGCCAGAGCACAGAAGACAUGCCAAUCACACUCUUUUAAUAUGUUGAUGCCAGCAGCACACAGUGGAAAAUUAAUGACUUUGCAGAUUAUGGUCCAUUUACAGGGAUUAACAGCAAUGAGGGUAGCAUGGUUAUUGGUUACACUAGCUCUCAUCUGAGUGAGAGUGAUAUACUCAGCAGAGCUGAAGUUGCAAGCUGGGGUACAGUACAGCCCACAGAGUGAGGUUUUGUUGGGUGCCGAUUUGGGGGUUUGGGUAAGACGAGAGCUGUGUGCUGCACAGUGAUUUGGGUGGCACCUCUGCUGUUCCCUUGGCCUGUUCUGACCUGUCCCAAGAGCUAUGAUGUUGGAGAGACAUGUGCAGCCAAACCUUAACGUGACAACUUUGCUCGAUCUACCCUUUGUAAUGACAGAGAGAGAAAGAGAGGGAGAGAAAGAGAGAUGGUGGGAGCAGAAUGAUAUAGUUGAUUCAGGAAGUUCGUGUUUGGGGAGAUCCUGUAAUUACACAUAAAAGUGUUAGUUGGACGUCUUGGACUCACAACGAAACGUGUAUUGUCUGGAUGGCAUUAUGACUAGAUGUCAUGUUGACUGGAUGACAUCCGUGCAUGCCUAUGGGCUAAGACAGCAGCACUGUAUAGACUUGGCAAAGGAUUUAGAAUUUGCUAAUUGGUUCCAGAAGCGGUAGUUACAGUGUAUGGGUUUGUGCCUAUGACUUUAUUGGUCUCUAGGCAGAUGGUGGGACAGGACAGCAAAGUCCCUAUGGAGAGGCCUUCUCAUAAGGUCUUUCUCAGUCAGAAUGCUGGGUGUAACAGGUGAACCAAGUCUGGAGCAUAGGAAAGAUCUAACACUGACACCUACUAGAGGGUAUUUCACUCUCUGAUGACAUGGUCUAACCAGUUUGUCAUACUGUGCUAUACUGUACCGUAUGUGAGACAUACUCUGAUGAGAUACAUACAGUGCCAUGAGGUUGACAACACUGACUACAAGGCUUCAUCCAUUUACAGUCAAAUGAAAUAAAAUGAACCUUAACAUGUAUGUGACCUCUCUGGGACAGGGUUUGUUGUGUAGUGCAGACAGACAGACAGAGACAGACAGACAGACAGUAGCCUCUCUCCUGUCCUGGACAGCCAUGUGUGCUGUUGGCUGGGCUGGUGUGUGUGUCUGGACUGUAGGCGCUCUGUGGGGUUGAUUUAGUGGAGGGAGCAGAGCGGUUCUAAUGGCUUGAGCAGUUGAAGCAGUGACAUUGCCCAGGUCCAGGAGACACAGAGGUGGAGGAAUGCUCUCAACUAGCCCUCUCAGCUACACAACAGGCAGACAGGAUGGCUGGCUUUGGAAGUUCUUUCAGAAGCAUACAACUGGGCUGCUAAUAGUGGGAUCUCGCAGGACAGUCUACUCUUGCCUGUAGAAUGGAUUCUGCCAGCCCACUUCCCUCAUCUGCCAGCUCACUUCCCCUCACCACCAGUAGGUUCGUUUUUACACAUUAACAGGGGGUAAAGUGAUGGAUUUAUAAGAAUGGCCUCCCUAACCUCAUACCUAUAUCCUCCCCUAGCUGCCGUACCUUCUCCUGAACUCAACGGGGACGGACCCGAGGGCACGCAUGUACCCUGUGUUCUUUGGGGAGAGCAUCGAGGUCAUCCCAAAACCUGAAACAGAGAUCAAGUGAGUGACCCUUCACCAAACUACAUACAGAAUGACUUGCUAUUAAUAGUAGGGCUGUGACGGUCAUGGAAUUUUGGAUGACGGUAAUUGGCCAGCCAAAUGACCGCGUUCACCGUAAUAACCGUUCGAAUAGCAUUUCUUAAAAAAAAAUAUAUAUAUAUAUAUAUAUAUACACUACCGUUCAAAGGUUUGGGGUCACUUAGAAAUGUCCUUGUUUUCGAAAGAAAAGCAUUUUUUUUGUCCACUAAAAUAACAUCAAAUUGAUCAGAAAUACAGUGUAGAUAUUGUUAAUGUUGUAAAUGGCUAUUGUAGCUGGAAACGGCAGAUUUUUAAUGGAAUAUCUACAUAGGCGUACAGAGGCCCAUUAUCAGCAACCAUCAGUCCUGUGUUCCAAUGGCACGUUGUGUUUGCUAAUCCAAGUUUAUGAUUUUAAAAGGCUAAUUGAUAAUUAGAAAACCCUUUUGCAAUUAUGUUAGCACAGCUGAAAACUGUUGUGCUGAUUAAAGAAGCAAUAAAACUGGCCUUCUUGAGACUAGUUGAGUAUCUGGAGCAUCAGCAAUUGUGGGUUUGAUUACAGGCUCAAAAUGGCCAGAAACAAAUAACUUUCUUCUGAAACUCGUCAGGCUAUUCUUGUUCUGAGAAAUUAAGGCUAUUCCAUGCAAGAAAUUGUGUGUACUACUCCCUUCACAGAACAGCGCAAACUGGCUCUAACCAGAAUAGAAAGAGGAGUGGGAGGCCCUGGUGCACAACUGAGCAAGAGGACAAAUACAUUAGAGUGUCUAGUUUGAGAAACAGACGUCUCACAGGUCCUCAACUGGCAGCUUCAUUAAAUAGCACCCGCAAAACACCAGUCUCAACGUCAACAGUGAAGAGGCGACUCCGGGAUGCUGACCUUCUAGGCAGAGUUGCAAAGAAAAAGCCAUAUCUCAGACUGGCCAAUAAAAAGAAAAGAUUAAGAUGGGCAGUCUGAGGUAUGGCUUUUUCUUUGUAACUCUGCCUAGAAGGUCAGCGUCCCAGAGUCACCUCUUCACUGUUGACAUACACAGGGAGUAGUACACAGCGUUGUACGAGAUCUUCAAUUUCUUGGCAAUUUCUCGCAUGGAAUAGCUUUCAUUUCUCAGAACAAGAAUAGACUGACGAGUUUCAGAAGAAAGUUAUUUGUUUCUGGCCAUUUUGAGCCUGUAAUCGAACCCACAAUUGCCGACGCUCCAGAUACUCAACUAGUCUCAAGAAGGCCAGUUUUAUUGCUUCUUUAAUCAGCACAACAGUUUUCAGCUGUGCUAACAUAAUUGCAAAAGUGUUUUCUAAUGAUCAAUUAGCCUUUUAAAAUGAUAAACUUGGAUUAGCAAACACAACAUGCCAUUGGAACACAGGACUGAUGGUUGCUGAUAAUGGGCCUCUCUACGCCUAUGUAGAUAUUCCAUAAAAAAAUCAGCCGUUUCCAGCUACAAUAGCCAUUUACAACAUUAACAAUGUCUACACUGUAUUUCUGAUCAAUUUUGUUAUUUUAAUAGACAAAUUUUUUUUUCUUUUCUUUCGAAAACAAGGACAUUUCUAAGUGACCCCAAAGGUUUGAACGGUAGUAUAUAUAUAUAUAUAUAUAUAUAUAUAUAUAUAUAUAUAUAUAUACAUAAAUUUUGAUGCACAUUUUCUCCUCCGCUCCUGACUGCAUGUGCUGCCAUAGAAAUAGAUUGAAUAGAAUGGGCGUCCCCAUUCAAGUCAAUGAUGGUAUAAUGGGUGGACUGGCGACCAUUGCAAAGCAGGAAGUAAAAGAAUGAAGUGUACCCAGAUUUGCUGAUUCAACUCAACUGACAUUACAAAAAAAACAUUCCAUUGCAUGAGCCACAUCAGUUAACAUAAUUUGAAUGAACAUUCUACAUUACCAUGGAAAUUAUUGCAUCACAAUACCAGGCAACCAUUGCGAGUGUACCUAUGAGUUUUUAACAGUCAAAUUGCCUCACGGAUGCCCGGCCAUCUGGUCUUUAGUCAGCUGCCCCCCCCCCAAAAAAAUAAAUAAUAAUAAUAAUAAUAAUGAUGGUCUUCAUCCAUAACUGUCGGUUACAAGGUUAUACAGUAAUUGUGCCAGCCCUACUUAAUAGUGCCAUCUAGUGAUCAGCUAUAUACCAUUUACUGCAGAAUCUAUGACUUAAUGUUUUUUUAUUUAAUUUCACCUUUAUUUAACCAGGUAGGCCAGUUGAGAACAAGUUCUCAUUUACAAUUGCGACCUGGCCAAGAUAAAGCAAAGCAGUGCGAUAAAAACAACAACAACACAGAGUUACACAUGGGAUAAAACAAAACAUACAGUCAAUAACACAAUAGCUCUUCAAAGUACUUUGGUACUUCAGUACUUAAUCCCAUGUCUUUGGUUCUACUCCCCAGGUGUAACUCUGAGGUGAAGUAUGACUCAGACAAGCACUACCGGGACCAGGUGUACUGCGCUCCCGUUCCAACAGUGACGUCCUACAGCGAGACGGUCGUUGCCGUGCAGAACUGCACCUGGAGGAGUUACAAGUCCCAGGUGUACCUAGAGCCGCGCCAGAGGCCCCUGCACUACCAGAGCACCACCAUAGUGUACCCCAAACACGCCAAGAACACUUACCGCACCACGCUCAAUUACAACGCUACGGGCUCCCGCCGCUGGUUUGUCUCCACUGUCCAGCUGGAGUCCAGUGAGGAUAGCAGCCCCUGCAUCAUCUACACAGAGGACCUCUAA